AUGGAGGCGAUUAGAUCAGAGAAGAGUUCGGAGAAACUGCCGCCAUUGCAGGGGCCUGUGGUGCAGAGGACAAGAAUGCAAGUGUGGUUUAUCAGGGUUUGUUCUAGCAUACUAAUAUGGACUUGUUUGGUUCAACUUGUGGCAGUUGGGGAGCUCUGGCAUCCUCGUUUGCUCACUGGUUAUUAUUCGGGAUUUACGAAGAUGUCGGCUCAUCGAGAGGGAUCACUGUUGCCUUCUUAUCCACCGGCUAGGAACUACACAAGUAACGGCUUUCUUAGAGUCACUUGCAAUGGCGGCUUGAACCAAAUGCGCUCCGAGAUUUGUGACAUGGUCACAGUUGCUCGUCUUCUAAAUCUGACAUUGGUUGUUCCCGAACUUGAUAAGGCAUCAUUUUGGGCCGACCCUAGCAAUUUUGAAGAUAUAUUUGACGUGGGCCAUUUCAUAAAUUCGUUAAGAGAUGAAGUCCGAAUUGUGAAGAGGUUACCUAAAAAAUUUGGCCUGCGGUAUGGAUAUCAACCACUUGUGAUGCCACCUAUUAGCUGGUCAAAUGAGCAAUACUACUUGCAACAGAUUCUACCUCUCUUUGACAAGCACAAGGUGAUACACUUCAACCGAACAGAUUCACGGGUGGCUAACAAUGGGAUCCCACUUGAGCUUCAGAGACUCAGAUGCCGUGUAAAUUUCCAAGCAUUAAAGUUUACACCAGAGAUCGAGGAACUUGGUAACAAGUUGAUUCGCAUUAUCCGGCAAAAGGGGCCCUAUGUAGCAUUGCAUUUGAGAUAUGAGAUGGAUAUGUUGGCUUUCUCAGGCUGCACUCACGGCUGCUCUGAAGAGGAAGCUGAGGAGCUUCGGCAGAUGAGAUACGCAUUUCCUUGGUGGAGAGAGAAAGAGAUAAUAUCUGAAGAGAGGAGGUCUCAUGGCUUAUGCCCUCUUACCCCUGAAGAAACUGCCUUGAUUUUGCAAGCUUUGGGUUUUGAGAAGGAUACACAAAUAUAUAUUGCAUCUGGCGAGAUAUAUGGAAGUGAAAGGAGACUUGCGGCACUAAGAGCCGCCUUUCCUAAGAUUGUGAAAAAGGAAAUGCUGCUGGAUCCGAAUGAAUUGCGCCAGUUUCAGAAUCAUUCAUCUCAAAUGGCAGCACUCGAUUUUAUAGUUUCUGUAGCAAGUGAUAUAUUUAUACCCACGUAUGAUGGGAACAUGGCAAGGGUUGUUGAAGGUCAUCGUAGGUAUCUCGGUUUCAAAAAGACCAUCCAACUUGACCGCAAAAAGCUUGUACAAUUAUUGGAUUUACAUGAAAAUGGAACUUUCUCAUGGGAUGAGUUUUCAGCUGCCGUUCGAUUUUCUCAUGAGAAAAGAAUGGGGCAGCCUGCUCCUCGUAUGGUUAUAGCAAACAAACCCAAAGAAGAAGAUUAUUUUUAUGCCAACCCACACGAAUGCCUGUGUGAAGGCUCAAAUUGUUCCGACGUAUUGGGCCCCAUGAAUUCGACUUUUGUCCAGCGAUAA